CUGGGAGCCCAAUGAAGAACAGCUACGCAUUCAAUAUUGAUUCAUUUUGAAUAAAAAGAUGAAGGGUGCUCUACAGCCAGCGGGGCUCGGACUAUUUGAUGUGACGCGACCAACACGACAAUUUCCAAACAUGGUUCCUCCAGAGAACGGCUUCUAUCCUCUGAUGGAUCCACAUCUGGUGACUGUGGAGGUCACUGAACUGACGUUUCCAUGGAGCAUUAACCUGCAGGAAGUAGCAGAUAAAGUUGUCACGAUGCUGAGGGUUCAUGCUGUUGACUCCAGAUUAAGACUCUAUCAUAUGCCAGCUCAGCAGGAAUCCCCAUUCAUCGGCCCAGACUACGUUUCUAACACUUCAACUGGACAGGAGCGGAACCUGAAGUGCUCUCUGCAGAACGUCUGGAGGAGUCAGAGUGAGAACACAGCAGGAGAUCACCGCGAACGAGUGGGAUUAAGGGUGGCAUUCACAUUUGAAAAGGCUCCCAGUGAAGAGCUGAGACUUAAUACUGGUCCCAAAGAGCCUCACUGCGAGCGGGCACUUGUUAAUGCCAAUCAACAGGCGGCAAGGACCUCUCUGUUGCUAAGAGACCAGACAGGAUAUUUCCAUCGGUCCAGUGAGACUCUGAUUGAUCAGUCACUAAUGGUCUCUGGUGUGAGUUUUGUCCUGAGAAUAACCAAUUUUGAUUGA